AUGUAUACUUGGGCGGGAUUCAAGGAGGAGUUUAACGCCAAGUAUUUUUCCAAGAGUUGGAAGGAAGAAAGAAUUUGGGAGUUUAUGAGGCUCAAGCAGACGGGAGAGAUGUCUGUGAGUCAAUACGAUAAUCGGUUCAUUCAACUGAUUAAGUACGUACCCAUGUACGAGACUGACGAGAGUCAGAAGGCACAAAAGUUUGUGUCAGGACUACAAGAACAUCUCCAGCAAGUUUUAAGUGGAUGGGACAUUGAGACUUACAAAGAAGCAUUGCACCGAGCUUUGACCAUUGAGAGAAAUCUGACACGAGCCAAGAUCAUCAAGACAGAGGAAGGAAGUAAGAGCGGUAAACCAGGUAGUCCGACGACUCAACCAAGGGAUGACGGGAAGUGUCCUCGAUGUAAGAGAAAACACCCUGGGAAGAGAUGUGUCUUGCGGUGCUAUGGAUGCGGCGAAGAAGGUCACAUUGGGAGAAAUUGCCCAAAGAUCAAAGCAAUGCCCCAGGUUGGGAAUCAGGGAAAGGUGGUGUGUUACAAUUGUGGUCAACCAGGGCAUAUCUCGCGCGAUUGCUCAAAAAGGCAGAAGAUGGAACCACCAAGUGGGAGUGCACAAAAUGUUCGUCCAGGCCGAGUGUACAAUCUUACUUGUGAGGACGCUGAGGCCGAUCCUGCAGUUAUUGAAGGUACACUGUUCUUUUCGAAUAUUCCAGCUCAUGCUUUAAUUGAUCCAGGUGCUACGCAUUCAUUCGUGUCGCAUGCAUCAUUAGAAGGUUUAAAGUUAGAACCUAGGGAAUUGGGUUAUCAAAUGGUAAUAGCCACUCCCAUGGGUUCAACUCUAAGAACUGCGGUAGGGUGCUGUGAGUGUAUUUUUAGUAUGGGAUCGGAAAGUUUAGUGGUAUUAGACAUUCAAGAUUUCGACAUAAUUAUCGGUAUGGAUUUCCUAUCGCUACAUGAGGCUAAAAUAGAUUGUAAGAGUAAGACUGUGAGCUUACCCAAGCUUAACGGGGAAUGGAUUGUGUUCCAGGGUCAAAGUAGGAAGAUUAAGAGAGAAAAUGGCAUGACUUUGCACACGUUGCAAUCAGCCAAACCUGAAUCAGGAAAGAAAAAUCUCGAGUUGGAAUCAGUGAGGGUCGUGAAUGAGUAUCCUGAGGUAUUUCCCGAGGAAUUACCAGGAUUACCUCCCCAAAGAGAAAUUGAAUUUUCGAUAGAUCUUAUACCAGGUACACAACCAAUAUCCAUACCUCCGUACAAGAUGGCCCCAACUGAGAUGAGGGAAUUGAAGGAGAAAUUAUAG